ACAGUCCGUGGGGGCGGGGCCGAAUCGAGCAGGCGGCGGAAGAUGGCGGAAGACACGUCUCGGUACCUGAGCGGGGACUAUUACCCUCGCAAAUUCGGGCCCAAGCCCGAUGUGGUCCCCUCGGGGGUGACCGAGAGGAAGGUCUUCCCGUUCAACAUCGGCCUGGACAAGCCGGACAUGGUGGCGGUGGAUGUGGUGAAUGUGAAGGAGGAGGAAGGCUACAAGAGAAAACUAGAUACCAGUACUUAUCUUUUGAUAACUGGUGGAUUGAAAGCUGCAGGUGUAGAAAGGUGGCCACAUUGUGCACAGGGUACGAUUCAUCCUUUUCACAAAACGCACAGAUCUCUUGGUGGAAAGUUUACCCAAGAAUUUCUGCUGGUGUCAGCUGAUAGGCGGUCUUGGAAGAUCUUGCUCUUCGGAUUGUUAAACUUGAUUUGCACAGGCUUUCUUCUGAUGUGGUGUAGCUCUACAAAUAGUAUGGCUUUAACUGCUUACACAUAUCUUACCAUUUUUGAUCUUUUCAGUUUGAUGACUUGCCUAAUAAGUUUCUGGGUGACUUUGAAGAAACCUAGUUCAGGGUACUCUUUCGGGUUUGAGAGGUUUGAAGUAUUAGCAGUGUUCGCUGCCACCGUCCUGGCACAGCUCGGAGCUCUCUUUAUACUCAAAGAAAGUGUGGAGCGAUUUCUAGAACAGCCUGAAAUUCAUACGGGACGCCUCCUUGUUGGUACCUUUGUGGCCCUGUUCUUCAACUUGCUUACAAUGCUGUCUUUGAAGAACAAAGCUUUGUCUUACGUCUCUGAAGCUGCCAGUACAAGUUGGCUCCAGGAACAUGUUGCAGACCUAAGCCGAAGUUUAUGUGGAAUAAUUCCAAGUUUAAGCAGCAUUUUGCUUCCUCGCAUGAACCCAUUUGUCCUAAUUGACCUCGCAGGAGCACUGGCACUUUGCAUCACCUACAUGCUGAUUGAAAUAAAUAAUUAUUUUGCUGUGGACACAGCCUCAGCUAUAGCCAUUGCAGUUAUGACAUUUGGUACCAUGUAUCCUAUGAGUGUCUACAGUGGAAAGGUUCUGCUUCAGACAACACCUUCACAUGUGAUUGGACAACUGGACAAACUUUUAAGAGAGGUCUCCACUCUGGAUGGUGUUCUCGAAGUGAGGAAUGAACAUUUUUGGACCCUUGGAUUUGGAACUCUGGCUGGCUCUGUACAUGUCCGGAUCAGGAGAGAUGCAAACGAACAGUUGGUGCUGGCCCAUGUGACCAACCGCCUAUCAACUCUUGUUAAAACUUUAACUGUUCAGAUUUUUAAAGAUGAUUGGGUCAGACCAUCACUGGCUACAGGAUCAAUCCCAAGCAACAUACUGAAUCCCUUGGACCACACUAAUAUUGCACCAGUUCCAGCUGUCAAAUCUGUGGAUAACAUGAACCCAAUCACCUCUACCCCAGCAAAACCAUCCAGUCCUCCUCCCGAAUUUUCUUUCAACACACCAGGCAAGAACAUCAACCCAGUCAUCCUACCAACUGCCGCACCAACUAGACCUUAUGGCUUAGGUCUCAAUUAUGGGAUUGUUUCAUAUGGAGGUGCUCCCCAUAGCAUCGGGAGACCUGCAACAGGAAUGACUCAGGGAUUCAGAACUGGAUUGUUUAAUAUUCCGAAUAGGUAUGGAACAGGCACUCAAGGUCAUUUUAACCAGUUCAGGUCUUAAAUAUGUUGCAGUGGCGCACGAUGCAAAGGUAUGCUUCAAGUUGGUUCCUCUUAAAAUUAAAAUGUUUAGCUGAGAAACUUUUUUUUUACAUUGGGGUUCUAUAGUUUUGUGUUGUUACCUCAAUUAAUUAUGUGAAAUCAUUUCUGGACCAGUCAUAUUUUGGGUUCUUAAUAUUUUUGUUUAAAAUUGCGCAUUCACAAACUCUAAUGUACGUGGAAUGUGCAUUACACUUAAAAAAGGUUAUUUACUUUGUUAAAUAUUUAUGUAUUCUUUUCAAAGUGCCUAGGAGAAAAAAAUGCACUUGGCUGGGAUUAUAGGUUUUGCCAUGCAUGGUCAAGAGACUCCCUAAAAUAAUUUUCCAUUAAUUUGACCAUCAGGCUAUGAAAGAUAGUGCUCUACUGACAAAUUAAUGGAUCUCCUCUCCUGAUUUAAUGCUUCUGUUUAAAUAAAAGUUCUGAAUUUGAGGAGCUGUGGUUCAUGAACAGGCAUUGAGGGCUCAGUAUCACUUAGGGAUGUUUUAUUAUUCAAGUGACCUCAAUGAGUAACGCAAAUACCUUUUUUGAAGCACUGCAGCGAUUCAGUCAAUGACUCAGCUUGUGAUGCCAGUUUUGAAGCUUGCAGAUCAGUUUUGAUUAUGUACUGUAACUAGCAUUGCAAGACUGACAUUGAUAGCGCUAAUGAAAUCUCAACCAUUUGAAGAAAUGAAUAUGAAAUAUUAAUUCACACAGUAAAAUAACAAUCUUAUUACCAAUUUUUGGUCUGACACCUCUAUCUAGUUCUCAAGAAAGGACGUGAUCAUUGCUUUCAGUGUUAAUAAAUUUUAAAAUUACGUGUACUUGCUUUGGAGACAAACCAACCAUCCAUUUGGGUGAAUAGAUUGACAUCACUUUAAGGGAAAAUUGGACUGUGAAGCUGUUUCUGAAUCCAGGUCAUCCAUGCAUUAUGUUCAGGUAUUCAAGUAUAAGAUUUUGCUGUAUGGUUAUAUACAUUACAAGUACUGGACUGUCACUGUAAAUGUCUCUUAGAUAAAAUCCCCAUUCGUCUGUUAUGAGAAACAAUCUGUAAAAACUGUAUAGAUCCUUUUGUUCAGGGCUUUACUGGAGAAAUAUAAGUGAAAAUAUUUUGUAUUUAAAUACUCUUGUUAUAACAGCUAAAACUAUAAAUAUAUGCUGUUGCUUUCACUAUUGUUAUAGGUGUGGAAUAUUUGUCACCAAAAUGAACAAAACCAGAUAUUUCUCAAAAAAAGCUGGUUCCGUUAUAACUGAAGCAUAUUCAAUGUGCUGUGAACAUGCUAAAGUUGGUAUGUUUUGUUAUCUGUUACUGUUAUAUUGAACAGUAAUGUGAAAAACCAAAAUGAAAAACUGUAUGAUGAGCAGCAGUAAUCUUGUGCUGAUGAUUCAUGCGACAUUAAAAUGAUGUAUUAAAAAAAAUUAAAUUUUCAAUAAAUAUAAGCAUUAUUUUAAAAUGAACCAAA